CCGGCGCCGGCGUUCUCGCGAGACUCACGCAGGUUCCCACGCCUGCCGCUGUUGUGUCUGACGGACGGGAGAGCCCGGCGCGUGAGGGGGUGGCGCGCGCUCCGCGUGUGCGCUCUAUGGGCCCACGCACGCGCGCUCUCUGGCCGGGCCGCCGCGCUCUCGCGAGACUAGGAGUUUUGGCGAGAGUUUGUGGAAGAUGGCGCCUGUUGUGACAGGGAAAUUUGGUGAGCGACCACAACCUAAACGCCUCACCAGGGAAGCUAUGCGAAACUAUUUGAAGGAGAGGGGUGAUCAAACAGUACUAAUCCUCCAUGCAAAAGUUGCACAGAAGUCGUAUGGAAAUGAAAAAAGGUUCUUUUGCCCCCCUCCAUGCGUGUAUCUUAUGGGUAGUGGAUGGAAGAAAAAAAAAGAACAAAUGGAACGGGAUGGUUGCUCUGAGCAAGAGUCACAACCAUGCGCUUUCAUUGGAAUAGGAAACAGCGACCAAGAAAUGCAGCAGCUAAACUUGGAAGGAAAGAACUAUUGCACAGCCAAAACAUUGUACAUAUCUGACUCAGACAAGAGAAAGCACUUCAUGUUAUCGGUAAAAAUGUUCUAUGGCAAUAGUGAUGACAUCGGUGUGUUCCUCAGUAAACGGAUCAAAGUCAUCUCCAAACCUUCUAAAAAGAAACAGUCACUGAAAAAUGCAGACUUAUGUAUUGCAUCAGGGACAAAAGUGGCACUAUUUAAUAGACUUCGAUCCCAAACAGUUAGCACACGAUACUUGCACGUAGAAGGAGGUAAUUUCCAUGCCAGUUCACAACAGUGGGGAGCAUUUUACAUUCAUCUCUUGGACGAUGAUGAAUCGGAGGGAGAAGAAUUCACAGUGCGUGAUGGCUACAUUCAUUAUGGACAGACUGUCAAACUUGUGUGCUCAGUUACUGGCAUGGCACUCCCAAGACUGAUCAUUCGAAAAGUGGAUAAACAGACAGCGUUAUUGGAUGCAGAUGAUCCAGUAUCACAGCUCCAUAAAUGUGCGUUCUACCUUAAAGAUACUGAGAGAAUGUACUUGUGCCUUUCCCAGGAGAGAAUAAUCCAGUUUCAAGCCACUCCAUGCCCAAAGGAACCAAAUAAAGAGAUGAUUAAUGAUGGAGCUUCUUGGACAAUCAUUAGUACAGAUAAAGCAGAGUAUACAUUUUAUGAGGGGAUGGGACCGGUGCAUGCUCCAGUAACACCUGUGCCUGUUGUAGAAAGUCUUCAGUUGAAUGGUGGUGGGGAUGUAGCAAUGCUGGAACUUACAGGACAGAAUUUCACUCCAAAUUUACGUGUGUGGUUUGGGGAUGUGGAGGCUGAAACCAUGUACAGAUGUGCAGAGAGCAUGCUGUGUGUCGUUCCAGACAUUUCUGCAUUCCGAGAGGGUUGGAGGUGGGUCCGUCAGCCAGUCCAAGUUCCAGUAACUUUAGUCCGUAAUGAUGGCAUAAUCUACUCUACCAGCCUUACCUUUACAUAUACACCAGAGCCAGGGCCACGACCACAUUGCAGUGCUGCUGGAGCAAUUCUCAGAGCCAACUCAAGCCUCAUGGCUUCCAGUGAAACAAAUACAAACAGCGAGGGAAGUUACACAAAUGCCAGCACAAAUCCAACCAACGUCACAUCAUCUACGGCAACAGUAGUUUCUUAACUACUGUUGUUUGUCUGGACUUUAAUUGACUCUCACAUGCUACAGGCAAGAAAAUGGAACAAUUUUUGUAGUUUCAUGGGAAAACACCUUUCCAUUCUAAGUGAUAUUAUUUGAACUAUGUUACCUGCAAGUGCUCAUCUUAAAAAAAUAAGAAGCCACAAUAAAAAAAUACAUCUGAAAUGUAAGAACUUUAUUGAAAAUAUAUUUUUCAGCUGUUUUUUUAAUGGGCAAGAAAUAGAAGUGUGGCUGGGAUACAAGUUAAGCAAACUAGAAAA